GUUUUUGAAUAACACAAAAGAUUGUUUUAUUGGUUGUGCACUUAUCGUUUUUAUCAAGGAACAAAGAUUCAUUUAUUUCUUUUACAAAAAGGGCAUACGAAAAGAGAGGCGGUAGACAAGUUCAAAAGGAAUAUUAAAAAAUACUAGAAUUUUCAUCAGUACAUAGAGAAAAAAAAUCGAAUGUUGAAACUUCUAAAAGAAAUGAUUUCUUAUCUUGCGAAAAUCUAAAAGAAUAUUUUGACCAUCAUGAAUCAUCGAUUUUGUACAAUGAAUACUCUUAUGACCUAAAGCCUAAUGAGUAUAAGCAUAACCCAACUUUAAAGGAAGGUUUUUCUGCAUGUUUUUCUAACCAAGUAAUGUUGCACUAAACAAGUGGAUUGACAAAGAAUAGCAACAAAUUUAUUGUCCCAAAAAAAACUAUAAUCAUGCACUGAAAAACAACCUUUCGUCAACAAAAGAAUGGCACAAAUUUCCAUUGAUAAAGUCUAAGAUAACAGAUGGUCAGUAUCUAACUUGUUUUGUGUUUUUUUUAAAGGUAACUUAAUUACUUUUUUGUAGCAAAAUGUUUUAUAAUUAGAUUCAUUUUCAUGUUGUGAAGAAUACAACUUUCUACAUCAGAUGAGAUAUAUGUUAAAGAAAGCAUUAAAAAUAAGAAUAACAAAUCAUACCGCUCUUCAUUGCCAGAACCUCCGCCACCUAUUAUGAAUAAGCCCAAUGCUAAAAAGUUGUUAUCAGAUUCAGAGAUUGAAGAAGAUGUUUUUUCUUCACAUUUUGUUGAUGAACACAAUAAAACCAAGCAAAGUUCACAUUGUCAAAGAGUUUCAAGUUUUAAUAGAUGCAAAAUGUUAUUCUCAACGAGCUUGCAGAAAUAAAAGUUCUUUUAAAAGAAGUUAUAGAAAUUAAGUUUCAGGCUACUGAGGUGAAGUUGCUAGAAUCAGUGGAUGAAGUGGUUACACUGGAUAAUAAACUAAAAGAUAAAACCGAGUAUACUAAUUUGCUUGAUAGUUUGAAAAAAAUUGGUGGCAGAAAGCCAAGAGAACAUGUUUUUUUGAUCAUGAAAAGGUUAUUUUCGAAUCAGUUACAGUCCAAAUUAAAUCGAAAAGGAAGUGGGGAAAAGAUAAACUUAGAAAAUCUAGUAAAUAUAUGGAGUGUUUUACGAGGUAUAGUUUUAAUAGUAUUUACAAAACUGAUAUCUGUAUUAAAAAGAUAUUCUUCGACUUUUUUGUGUCAUGCCAUAAUUUUUGUAUCCAUAAUACAAGUUCCUUUAGUUUUUUCAUAAAACAAUUGUUGUUUAUUAUU